AUGCAGACUGUUUCUACAAACAUUUGUAUAAAACUGUGCGAUAAGUCUGUCUAUGAAAUUUCCUUGCUACUAAAUAUUCCACAGCUAACUGUUAGUGAUAUUAUAACAAAGUGGAAGCAACUGGGAACAACAGCAACUUAGCCACGAACUGGUAGGCCACGUAAAAUGACAGAGCGGGGUCAGCACAUGCUGAAGCACACAGUGCUCAGAAGUCUCCAACUGUCUGCAGAGUCAAUAGCUAAAGAUCUCCAAGCACAACAUCCAAGACUUACAGCACCAAGUGCAAUGCAAAGCGUCGGAUGCAGUGGUAUAAAGUACGCCGCCACUGGAUUCUAG